CAGUUUUGCACAGAUCCACAAGCUGACAAGCUAGACAUCUCCCAAGUUACGCUUACACAGAUGUUCGUUGCUCGCAAGAUAGCUAAUUAGCACAGGUGGCCGCCUAUGUCUUCCAUCUGUCMUCAGUAAACAAGCGAUGUUGGCGGUGUGGGAAGUUAACACAGCUGAAAAAACACAUGGAAUCUGGGAAUAAUGUGUAUUACCGCAAUCAAUCACCCCAACUACRUCGUACCCCAGUACAUUGAUUCGGUACCCCUUGUAUAUAGGUGUCCAUAAACAGUAGCUAAUCAUGAAACAGCUGCCUGCAGAAACUGUGCGCAUUCUGUCCUGCUGUGAGGUCAUCACCUCUUUGGUAAACGUGGUGAAGGAAUUGCUGGUGAAUUCCUUGGAUGCUGGUGCCUUGAGAAUCGACAUGAAACUGGAGAAUUAUGGUCUGGAUCGAAUAGAAAUCAUAGACAAUGGCUCAGGCAUAAAAGCUGCUGAUACUGCUGUGAUGGCUGUGAAAUACUACACCUGUAAAAUCUGCAGCCACGAUGGCCUGGAGCGCCUGGAGACAUAUGGCUUCAGAGGAAAGGCCCAGGGCUCCAUAUGCGCCGUGGCAGAGGUAGCUGUCACGACAAAGACUGCCAAGGACGACGCCGGCACCCAGUACACGCUUGACCUCACGGGCAGGGUCAUUUCCCAGAAGCCUCACCUAGGGCAAGGUACCACAGUCUGUGCACUGAAGCUUUUUAAGAAUCUCCCAGUGAGGAGGCAGUAUUACGCCAACAUGAAAAAGUGCAAGGAGGAGCAGAAGAAGGUGCAGGACCUUCUCAUGGCGUAUGCCACUGUAAAACCAGAGCUGAGACUCACCCUCACUCACAGUAAGGUGGUGGUGUGGCAGAAGGCCAKGGUGUCCGAUCACAGUAUUGCUCUCAUUGCUACGCUGGGGCCUAACGCUGUGGCCCACCUGCUUUUCAGUCCACCAUCAACAAGAACAACCAGAGGUGGUCCGGCAGCACUACCUGGCUCAGUACCCGGCAGACUCUCUGCCCGCAGCCGUUAUCCCACUAUGAUGCUCAACAUCACUGUUCCCGCAUCCACUGUAGACGUCAACGUGACCCCCAAGAAGACCCAGAUUCUGCACCAGAACAACGUUUUCUCUUUUUUUCUAAAUUUCCUUGCGGACAGAUUCAUGUUCCACAKUACCACUAUCAUUUCCACCAAAUCCCAGGGGACUUUGACUUUUCCACUAUUGGAAGAUGAAAUUGCUUUGACCUGCAGCGAGAUAACAAAUCCAGGCCCAGCCAAAGGCCUGGAGAGGCUCAACAGCCAUGACCAAGAUCCUGACAAAGACGUUGAGCAGUUAUCAGCAGUGAGUUGGAGCCGAGGCACGGCUCUAACAGACCCCUCCACAGGAGUGCCACUGCAGACCGUCAAGGUCCACCUGCCCACCGGAUGCAGCAGUGACCUGGGCCUGGUCGAGGCCAAGGAUCAGAGCAGCCCUGGCAAAAAGGUGUCCAACGCUAUAACAGAGAAACGUGCGUCACUGAAGGCCUACAACCUGAUCAGUAGCCGUACCAUGAGGAUCCCUCUGUCCCCCGGCCUGUUUGAGAGGGAGACCCGGGCAGAGGUUCUCCAGGAGAAGCCCGCAGCAAGCCUCCAGGACAUCACCUCUGCCGUGCAGGAGAGAUGGAAAAACCUGGGGGAGGAGGACCGAAAGAAGUGAGUUUCCAGACUUUACCUUCGAAGCAGUUUCCARUUGUUAUUAUUAGCAAGGCAAAAAAAAGAAAGAUUGACCUGUCACUUGCAUGUGUAAAAUAUGGCCCUGGAAAUUCUGCUUGGCUUAUUCKUGUUGCUACCCAGACAGAAUUYUUAAUAUGAGCUAUGUUUAUAUUUUCCAGACUGCAUCUGAUUACUAGGUUACAUGGUCAAUAUUUUCCACUGUAAAACAGGUAUUCUGCAUGAAAUAUCUCCUUUUUCCAAAGUAUGCCAUGCAUCUUGAGCGCUCAAAGGUAUUUUGCUG